UUUAAAAUGGUCUAAACCGUGCUUUUUAAUUAAAUCUGUUGCAGAGUAAACAAACUGAACCCCAAUCUACAUGUAAUCAGUGACAAACAAUCAUGUGAUAUUAUUAUCCGUCUUUUUUAUUGCCUGUCUUCAGUUUAGAUGGAGCUAAUCAAACUCAGACUCUAGGUUUAAGUGCAUAUUUUGGUACUAAAUGAACCCACUUCACUAAUUACAUACCAUUGCUAGAGAUGACCCUGACAGUAAUUAGUCUUGGUUGAGUGUCACUUCCUUACUCUGCCUGGAGAGCAAGAACAGUUGUUUAUCAUCAUAGAAGUGAUUAGUGUGGAUACAAUAUAUAUUUUAUUGCAAUUUGCAAUUAACUUUUUUCAGGUAAAUUGUUUGUACUGUAAUGUACUGUCACCUCUACUGUAGUACAAUACCAUGUUUACUGUAAAUAUUGCUACAAAUUACUUAGCACCAAUAGUAUCAUUCCUUACCCUGAGAGUUGUGUCGAGGUCAUAUCCGUCUCUAAAUGAGAUAGACUAGUUACAUUGCUGUAAUUAGUACAGGCAGUCACUACUGAAAGGUCAGAAAGCCCUUAUAAUCUGCCCUGGACAUCCCCGUGGGAUAAUCAGGACGUUCAUGAGCUGAGCAGAGCUUCAUUUCCUUGAGUGCCUUUCCCGUCAUUAUGACAUGAUGUCAUCACCAGUGGACUCACAAUGCACCUUUGUAGUCAACUGGCUUUGCUAGUAUUAACGCGAUUUGGAAGGCAAAUUGUCCUGGCGUAAACCCCAGGAAAAUCUGUGCUAGGACAGGCGGAGUUAGCGUUCCACAUUCAUAAUAAUGUUAAUAACCACCAGUAUAAACUCAUAGACGACCCUUCUAAAAGGAGAAAUAUACUGUAUGUUAUGUUGUGGAGUCACAUCAAGGUUUUUAACCAAAAGGACAUACUUGGUAGAUCAGAUCUGCUAAUAAUCCUAUCUCAGUUUUUAACUGUUGUUUUGUGAAGUCUGUUGUUGAUGAGGUUAUUUUGUGUUUUCAUAAUAUAAUUGCCUAUAAUUUGACCAUUUCGGGAAGCACUGGAAUGUGUUGGGUCAAGGUAGAUUAUCUCCAUUUUAAGGAUUAGGUUUAAAUCUUGGUCAAUGGAGGUCAGUGUAACAAGCUUUCAGCAGUUUUAGAACUUAGUGCUAAAAUGGUUAAUCUAUGCUGACCAGCUACAUUUUCAAUCAACAGCCUCAGGGGGGAACUUUAGAAAAAGAACUGUAUUCUUCCAGCCACCAUGGACACUUUUUUCCGACGGCAUUUUAAGAGGAAGGAAGCAGGAGAAGCCAUUCAUGAUGGCCACGUACCUGAACCCUGUCUACACAGGAGGCCAAGCAUUGCAGUGCCAGCCAGCCGUGCCCGUCGACGCUCCAGUGUAGGUCUUCCGUCCACUGCGUUGACCCAGCGACGCCGAUCCAGUGUCCAACUUCAGGCUUUACCUCGAAUCAUUAGCAGUCAACCGGUUCAGAAAAGCAGUGGUAGACGGCGCUCCAGCACCACCACCCCGAAGGCCAAUCCUCGCUUUGCCAUACGCCGGAAGAAGGUGGGCAAGCUCCGCAAUAUAGACACACACCUCUUGGGCCCGUCCAUGCUGCUGGCCAGCUUAAUUCAGAUGACGGAAGAGGAGGAAGAGGAUGAGGAGAGCCAAAGUCCAUUGCCAGGGCAAGUGGAACUCAAGGGAAGCAACACGAAGUUCAGGAGUCACACAGAUGUGCUUCUUUCAGAAGGUGACAGCGACAGUGACAGCGAGGACUCCAGCGGCCACUCAGAGAAGAGUCAUCACUCGGGGCUGCGUAAGGAGUUCCUAGAGGAAGCAGAUUUGUCAGACUGGGAGAUCAAAGAGUCUGCUGUUUUAUGCCAGCAGGAAUGCCUUCCUCUGGCUGUGGUGACAGAGUGUGUCCAGGCCCACCCGCUGAUCCGCGUUCCCCGCUGCCUCCGGAGGAACUCGUCACAUUAUGGCUACGCGGAGCCCGGCUCGCACGUCCGCUACUGCCGCAGCAGCCAGAAGAGGCGCCGUCGACGGGUCUCCACCAUCUCGAAAGCGGGAAGCCCCUGGCCAGGAAGAGGCCUGCCGCUUCCUAACCGAAGAAGCUCUACCUGCUACAGGGGUCAUGCGACUCUCAAUCCUCUCCUGGGAGCUUAUUACGAUCCCAGGCUGGAGUCUUGGAGUGGAUUCUUGUCGAAAGCCAUUGCCAAGGCUGGUGUGCAGGAUAACGCUGCCCAAUCCGGUGCCAUAAUACCGGCCAAAUGUGAACCCAACAAAGAGAUCUGCAGCACCGUGGAUUGGACUGAAAAUGCCCAGUUUGGUCAACACGUGUGGUUUGAGACCAGUCCGUCUGGAGAUUUCUGUUACGUUGGAGAGACAUAUUGUUUUGCAAAGUCACUGCAAAAAUCUCUUCCUCGCCACAAAUGUGCAUCCUGCAAAAUAGCUGUUCACACUGUAUGCAUGGAUCAGCUGGAGAAGAUUAACUUCAGAUGUAAGCCAUCAUUUAAAGAUCCAGGGAUAAGAAAUGUCCGAGAGACUCCAAACAUGAGACAUCACUGGGUCCAUAGGAGACGGCAAGAUGGAAAAUGCCGGCAAUGUGGAAAGGGUUUCCAGCAGAAAUUCUCCUUCCACAGUAAAGAUAUCGUGGCCAUCAGCUGCUCUUGGUGUAAGCAAGCAUAUCACAACAAGGUGACCUGCUUCAUGCUGCAGAAAAUUGAAGAGACAUGUUCCCUCGGCGCUCACGCGGCUGUGAUCAUCCCUCCAACCUGGAUCAUUAGAGUCCGCAGACAGCAGGCAUCAUUGAAGAGCAGUAAAAGAAAGAAGAAAACAUCUCUGAAGGCCAAACCCUGCAAGAAAGCCACAGAGGAUGGCAAAUGGAAGCACUUUGUUGUGCGACCGAUUCCUUCUCAGCUCAUGAAGCCUCUGCUGGUGUUUGUCAAUCCGAAGAGUGGCGGAAACCAGGGAACGAAAAUCAUCCGCUCUUUCAUGUGGUACCUGAACCCCCGGCAAGUGUUCGACCUCACUCAGGGAGGUCCGAGAGAGGGGUUAGAAAUGUACAGCAAAGUGCCCAACCUGCGUAUCCUCGUUUGUGGCGGUGACGGAACGGUUGGGUGGAUUCUCUCAGUGCUAGAUGAGCUCCAGUUGAACCCUCAACCCGCCGUGGCCGUGCUUCCCCUCGGGACAGGAAAUGACCUGGCCAGGACUCUCAACUGGGGCGGGGGCUACACAGAUGAACCGGUGUCCAAGAUCUUGUCCCAUGUAGAAGACGGCAACAUCGUCCAGCUGGACCGAUGGAACCUGAGCGUGGAGCCCAAUUUAGAGGCCAGCGAGGAGGAGAGAGACGAACACCAGACCGACAAGCUUCCCAUUGACGUCUUCAACAAUUACUUCAGCCUUGGAUUUGAUGCACACGUGACCUUGGAGUUUCACGAAUCCCGAGAGGCUAAACCAGAGCGGUUCAAUAGUCGACUUCGCAAUAAGAUGUUUUAUGCAGGGACAGCCUUCUCAGACUUUUUGAUGGGCAGCUCCAAAGAUCUGUCCAAACACAUCAGGGUUGUGUGUGAUGGUACUGAUCUAACUAGUAAAGUGCAGGAUAUGAAACUGCAGUGCCUCCUGUUCCUCAACAUCCCCAGAUAUUGCGCUGGUACGAUGCCAUGGGGGAACCCAAGUGAGCACAAUGACUUUGGGUCACAGAAACAUGACGACGGGCUCAUUGAGGUUAUUGGCUUCACCAUGACCUCUCUGGCGACGCUGCAGGUUGGAGGACAUGGCGAGAGGCUUCAUCAGUGUCAGGAGGUGACCCUGAUAACCUUUAAGCCCAUUCCUGUGCAGGUGGAUGGAGAACCCUGUAGACUGGCUCCAUCCGUCAUACGCAUCACCCUCAGGAACCAGGCCAACAUGCUGCAGAAGACCAAGAGAAGAAUCUCUCUACCACAACUGUAUGAUCAGCAGCCCAUCACAGAGAAAGUGCAGAUCCAGGUGAACCGUAUCAGCAUGUGUGAUUAUGAAGCUCUUCAUUAUGAUAAGGAGCAGCUCAGGGAGGCCUCGAUUCCUAUGGGGAUAAUUAUAGUUCCCGGGAACAGUGAUUUGGAGACGUGCCGGCUGCAUAUCGAGAAGCUACAUGAGGAGGGGGAUGGUGUGAAUACAGACACACUGCACAUGCCAAAGCUUUCACCAAAAUGGUGCUUCCUGGAUUCCACUACAGCAGACCGUUUCUACAGAAUAGACCGUGGUCAGGAGCAUCUAAACUAUGUGACGGAGAUCUCUCAGGAUGAGCUUUUCAUCUUGGACCCGGAGCUGGUCACCAAGGAGACGGUGGGCACGUCGCCCGGAAUGCCGGGGGCGAUGGAAACUGUUGGGGAAUGUUCCAACAGCACAGACCAGUUUGCUUUUCCUGCCUGCUCUGCCGGGCCUUCUCCACUGUGCAGGGUUCACCAGACGCAUGCUGAAGGCCAAACGGAAAGCGCGAGCAUGGAUAGCGACACACACAAGCAAACUAGCGAUCCAGAGACUCCCACGAAGCCAGGCUUGUGCAGGAGGGGAGCAAAAAUUAUGAAUUUGGAUCGUUCAAACACACUUGAUGAGGACUCAGUGAAUGUGCCAAGGUUAGAUUCGGGCUGGAAUGACAGUGAUCAAGUAUACCUCCUCCAUCAUGCAGUCCUUUUAGGCAGUAAAGAGAUUCUGAAGUAUAUAAUUGAUAAUGCUCCAGCCUGCAUCCUUGAUGUGACAGAGAAAUCAACCGGGGAGACGGCCCUGCAUAAGGCAGCUGCAUUGUGCCAGAGAACAAUCUGCUAUUACCUGGUGGAGGCCGGAGCAUCCCUCAUGAAGACAGAUCUACAGGGUGAAACUCCAAAGAUGUACGCAGAAAGAGCUCGAGACAUGGAGUUGGCCGCAUACUUGGAAAACCGACAACACCACCAGAUGAUCCAGAGGGAGGACCAUGAGACGGCUGUGUGACCGGCCUCCGGAACCAUCCUUUCCAUCCGCCACCAAACCACAGAGAGUCUUAUCUGCUCUCUCCCAUGGCCGCUUUAUCCGGUACGGCCACACGUUAGCGAUGCUAAGAGGCAGCAUGUGUGCGGAAAUUAGUUUGUUGCUCUCUGUAUUGAUUGUAAUGCCAAAAAGACAGUGUUAGUGUCAUGUUUCAGAAUGCAUGAGUUUGCUACGUCACGUCCAGCUUUCAGGGCUGCGCAAAACCGCACCGCUCCGCUCCUUAGGACCCAAUGUGCAAAAUUUGGGCAAUUUCAGGGCUGAAAUACCAUGUAUGAAAGUGGCUUUUACUAAACUACUAUAAAGAAAACCAGACAAACCUCAUGAGAGAUUAACAGGAGAGGUUUUUGCUGCUUCUGAUCACAUAAUAUCAAUGUUUGAAUUUCUGAUUGCAUAUCUAAACGUUUUACAGAUUUUAUGUGACCGCAGAAACUUCCUGUAGCUUGGCUUCCACUUCACGUGUUUGUUCUGAUUCGAGAUAGACGUUGUUUUCAUAGCCUCCUGCGUUUAAGAAUGCUUCCUCAGCUGUUGCUUACGGCCAGUUUCUCUCUUUGUGGUAAAUGCUUGAAUUUCGUAAAAACAUUCCAUUAAUUACUACCUUAGAUAGCGUUAAAUCAAUUCUCUAUUCACAGUAUAUUAUAAACUGUGAUCAUUUCUUAGUCAGUAGAUUUGCCUUUGGUUGAUUUAUGACCAUAAAUGUUUGCCUAAAUGACUGAAGUUUCCUUCAGGAAAGAAUAGAAUGGGAUGUAUCUCUUAGCAUAGAUUGCUUGCACUGACUGCUAUACUUUUAAAUGAAAAUUUGAUCUCACCAAGUGUGAUUUUAGGUUCUUUUAUGAAGUCAUGCAGCAAUGUGGACUUGUUGGUUUUGGUUUCCGGCCAAAUUGAGCAUGUUAAGUACACAGAAAAUUAUUCUGGUAGAGAUUUUAGAUGCUAAAUCACAUUUUCAGUGACAAAUGGCUGGGUAACAGAGUUACCCAUAUAUUUACAUAUAUUUAUAUCAUCAUCUGCAGUUUAAAUUCUUAUAUAUUUAUCCAGGUCACUUUAUGUACGUGUACAAUUGACUAAAUGCUUGAAUAAUAAAAGAGACAGGAAACUGGUCUUUUUUACAAUGCAGCCAUUUGACAACGCCGUGUUGUCAGCAUUGUCAUAGUGUGUGUUUGUGGUGAGAUGUCAUUAUGAUAGAAUAUGUAUUUUGUCAGUGCUUUGUAUGAGUUGCUAUGCAAUUCCAAAUAGAUGAUACAUGUAUAUAAUCCGUCAAACAUUUUAAAAAUGUGUCAACAAUCUGUUCUGAUAUAAAGGUCUUUCAUUUGUAUGUGAUAUGAACUUAGAUAAUGCUUUAUUUAUAAGAGUAGAUAGGGAGAAAUAAAGUCUUUAAAAAACAAGUUUUUGUUAUUGCAAUAUCUACUGAGUGUACUUUGAUUAUAAGGUAUAAUUGACUGAGAUUAUUGAUAUAUUAAGUGGUGAACGCAUACGUCAUCCUCAUUAUCAUUCUCUUAUUACACAGCAAUGGCGUCUUUUCAGGUCUUGGAGCACCGGGUGGUAAACUGUGUAUAAUGCUGAACUCUGCCUCUCCCUAGGAGGUCUUUAUGUCUGAAUGAGUUACCGGCAAUGAU